CUUUUUUUCGCUUAUGAUUAUCCAACGCGCAUUCAGUUCUACUGCCACUCGAACAAAAGAUUUCUAUAAAAUCUUGCAGUUGACAGAACGGGCCGACAAGAAAUCAAUCAAGGCAAAUUAUUACAAAUUGUCAAAAAAAUACCACCCUGAUCUCAACCCAAAUAACAAGGAAGCACAUAAAAUGUUUCUCGAGAUCAAUGAAGCCUAUGCUGUGCUUGGUAAUGAAGCAAGCAAGAGAAAAUACGAUAAUGACCGUCAUGAUGGGGAUGGCAUGACCAACGCGUCUAGAUGGUCAAGAGCGACCAAUACCAGUAACACGCAAGCUUGGCAGCAUUUUAGGAACAGAAGAGCAAGAAGUACAGGUUCUGCAAGUGCUAAAGAACAAGCAGAGAGAAUGAGACAGGGAACACAAGGUGGAUUUAAUUAUAGUGAGCAUUACAAUAAACAUUAUGCAGCAGAAGAACAUCGACGCCGAGAAAGAAUGGCUAAUGCUGCCAGGAGACGUAGAGAAGCGGGUGAUGAUUCAGAGCCAGGCAAAAGAGCACCCGAAAUGCAAAACUUAUGGGGUCGUCUUUGGCGUUUAGGGAUUGUCUUGACAGGCAUUGCUUAUGCAACACAAGCACUUGCAUGAAAAAAAAAUUAUUUGUAUAAUAUUCAUUCUAGAUGUACAGUAACAUUCUCUUCUCUCCUCCUCCUCCUCCCCCUCCACUCUCUCUCUUUUUCUUUACUCUUAUAUAA